CUUAAGGUAGGGGGGGAAAAAACCGUCAAAAUAAUUUGAUGAUAGCGCAAGAAGACAUCGUGGGAAACAUCACUUGCUCUGCUCUCUGCCGCACUGGCUUCUCCCAGGCAUCAGCACCCUCCUCACUCUACCGCACUCUGGUAGAAUAGGCGAUGCGCUAGAUAACGCAGCAAAGGCUACAGUUUUGGUCAGAAGCACCCUUAGGAGCGUCGUGAAACGGGGACGCGGCGAUACGACGAAACGUCGACGACAACGACGCCCACGCCAACGCUGGCAAUAGCCACAACCCAAAAACUGACAGCCGCAGCCAUGUACGUCUGUCGAGCUUGCCUGAGGAGGGGUCUAAGUCCGUUCUCGAAUAUUGCGCCGGCUCAAAGGCGACUAGUACACGCACUCCGGACCCCCAAGAGUCGUCUCGCCUCUGUCCCCGCCUCAACGCCGGCUGCAGUCGGCCAGAAGAAGACGUGGACCCGUCCCGUGCCACGUCCUCCCGCAUCUCCCACUUCUGAUGAAUACGUGCAUCAUCCGGAUGAGCAAGGGGAGUCGAUCGAGCCUGCACCUACAAGUACCGCUGCGACGAGGAAGCUUGAGUGGGUUGUCAAGAAGCACCUGCAGUAUCUCAAGGACCCCUUAUUGAUCGGCGACCAUGUCAAGACGGCGCUGGCAGAUAACCGCUAUGAUGAGGCUUUGUUGAUGGCGCAAAAAACGAGUCGGGAUACCAAGGUGCAAGUCAGCUGGAACCAUUUGAUCGACUAUCAGAUGAAAAACCACCGGCUACACAAGGCCAUUAAACUCUUCAACGAGAUGAAGAAACGCGGCCAGAGGCCCGAUGCUAAGACGUACACCAUCAUCUUUCGUGGCUGCGCCGACUCGCCGCACGCCAAGCUGGCUGUGUCAGAGGCACUUCGGAUCUACCACACAAUGCUCAAGACGGACACCCUCCAGCCCAACACAACCCACCUCAAUGCCGUUCUCGAGGUCUGCGCUCGUGCCUUCGACAUUGAUGCCAUGUAUAGUAUUGCGGCGACUGCCACCGAAUCGGGGAUACGCGCUCCCGACAACCAAACAUAUACCAUCAUGCUCAACGCUCUCAGGAAGCAGCCGGCCAUGUCCUGGCGGGCGCGUGACCAGGAUAGAACUCUUCUGGAGGCCACUACCAAAAUCGUGCUCGAGAGGGCCAGGAUUCUCUGGGAUGCGGCUAUCAGAAGCUGGCGUAAGGGCCAGCUCAUUCUCGACGAGGAGCUUGUGUGCGCCAUGGGACGAAUCCUCGUUCUCGGCAACAAGCCCGACAACGAGAGCGUCCUUGACCUAAUCGAGCAGACUAUGAACAUCCCCAACUUCGCUAAGACGCCCGGUGCGAUCCCCGACAAGGCGCCUUCGAAGGCGUCGACCGCCAAGGGCGGACAGGUUGUGGCAGCUGCCCGGACUACCACUGCCCCUGCAAGACGGAAGUUUUCGGCAUACGCCACUCCCGGCAAGAACACGCUAUCCUUGAUCCUCAUAUCGCUGCGGUCCACACGCAGAACGUCGCUGGCGCCGCGAUACUGGGACCUGCUGACGAGCGAGUACGGCGUCAAGCCCGACCGCGACAACUACACGCGGUAUCUCCGGGUGCUGCAGCUAGGCAAGGGCAGCACCAAGGCGGCGGAGCUGGUGAGCAACAUGCCCGCCAACGAGAUGAUGCAGGCGGUGAUGCGGGCCGCCAUGGGCACGUGCAUCCAUGACAACCUGAACCCCAACUCGUUCGACAACGCCUGCCGCAUCCUCGACGCCAUGGUGAAGAAGGUGCGCGAUCCCGACGCCCUCACCAUGCGCCUGUUCCUGCAGGCCGCCCGCGCCAACACGCGCCACCUGUACGACCUGGACAAGAAGGCGGCCGAGCCCGACGCCAGCAAGCUCGCCGUCGGCAGGCAGAUCGUCAUGGCCACCGAGCUCAUGUGGGAGCCGUACCGGAUUCUGACGGCCACGUCCUCGUACCCGCUGCGCCAGACGGACUCGCCCGAGGAGCAGCGCGAGAAGAACUCGGGCGACUACCAGGAGAUGAUCUCCGUGGGCAAGCGCAUAAUUGCCGCCAUCGACGCGGUUAUUCAGAACGAGUUAACACGCGACCAGAGACUAAUCAAGAAACUCAAGAUGAGACGCACCAUCUUGGCCGGCCAGGUGCAGCGGUUCAAUGCGAAGUACUACGUCAUGGACCCGAAUCAGCGAGAGCAUCGUAGCCCCAAAAAAGAAGGCGAUGAUCAAGAUCAGGGAGAUUUUCGUCAGACAGAAGAAGGCGACGAGCAGGACCCUUUUGAGGCUAUCGGUGUACAGUAAUAAACUAGAUCUGUAUAUAGUACGUGUGUAUAGAUAUAAUUGUCUAGCACCCCCUCUGUCUCUGGAGUUACCUAGCU